AUGGAUGAUCUCGAGCGGGCCAUUCUCUUCAGCUUCGACCAAUCAGGAGCCGUCGACGUCUCGCUCCGCGCACGCGCGCACGCGUUCUGCGCGGAGGCCCGGCGCUCCCCGCAGCUAUGGCGCGUGUGCGUGGAGCGGCUCAUCUCGUCGCGCUACCCCGAGGUGCAGUUCUGGUGCCUGCAGGCGCUCGAAGAGCUCCUGUUGCGCCAGCGACUGCGCGCGGACGGCCAGUCGCAGUCCGCGCCAGGCGACGGCGGCGCUGGCGCAGGGGCGGAGGGUGAGUUUCUUCCGCCCGAGGCGCUGGCGGAGCUCCGCGAAACCCUAAUGGCGGUAGCCUUCAGGUGUCCCGUGGGAUCAGGGCUGAUGCCAGGGGCGGGGGGGCCGCAAGGCAUGGCAGAUGCGCAGGCAGGGGGAGCAGCGGGCGGGGGGGUGCCACUGUGCGCGUCGUGGCCGGCGUUCAUCCGCAACAAGGUGGCGCAGGUGAUCGUGCUGCUCAUCCGCCUGCACUACCCCACACCGUGGCACACCGCAUUCGACCCCAUCGUCUCCGCCCUCAUGGCGGUCGGCGCAGCGGCCAACCCCCAAGCCUCCGCCGCCGGCGGUACCGGCGCCAUGGCGCAAGCGGGGAGCGCGGAGGGCGCGGGCGCGUGGAGCCUGGUGAGUCUGGACAUGGCGUGCCGCGUGCUGGCGGCGCUGGACCAGGAGGUGCUGAGCAUCGAGUACGCGCGCACGGCGGAGGAGUCGGCCGCCGCCAUGCGGGUCAAGGACGGCAUGCGCGAGGGCUGCAUUGCGCCGCUCGUGCACGCCUGGUACUGCGCCGCCGUCGCGCUGCUGACGGCGCUGGGGGCGGGGGGAGCAGGAGGAGGAGCGGGGGCAGAGCAGGAUGGGAUGCCGGGCAGUAACGGGGUGGGUGGGGGAGGGGGGGAGGUGGUGUUGCGGGACGGGAGAGGGAGCCCCGUGAGCAGGGACGACGCGGCGGCAUCUGUAGCGGCGCUGCUGGAAACUCUACAGCCGUACGUGGCGUGGAUAGACAUCGGGCUCGUGGCGGACUCGCGCUGGCUGCCCCUCCUCUUCGGCCUCCUAGCCGCGCACACCAGCGACGUGCGCCUGCGAUCCGCGGCGUGCGGGUGCAUCCUCGCUAUAGUGAACAAGCGCAUGGACGCCGUGAGCAAGGUGGCGCUGCUGCAGCGAGUGCAGAUCGCGCAGGUGGCGGGCGUGCGCGUGGUGGAGGAGAUCGCGCGCGCGGACGAGGGGCUCACGCUGCGCCUGGCGGAGCUGCUCACGGGCGCCGCGACAGAGAUCAUGGAGUGCAUCAAGAAACUCGAGGCGGGGGGGAACGGGGGCGGCGCAGGCGGGCGGGCGGAGGCGGUUCCGCAGGGGUUUGGGAUGGAGGACGGGAAGGGCGCGGGCGCGGGGGAAGGCGGAGGCGGGGAGGCGUCGGAAUCAGUAGCAGUGGCGGCGACGGCAGCGGCGCAGGGCAUGCUGGAUGCCAUUCUGCCCGCUGUGUUCUUCCUGGCACAGAGGCACCCCGACGAGGACGUGUCCGCCAACUGCUUCCACUUCCUCCUCUUCUUCGUCGCUGACUUGCGCCGCGUCGGUGGCGCCAGCAGCAGAGGCGCCGCCGCGCUCGCCGCCUCCGCAGCAGCCGCCGGAGCAGCAGACGCGGCGGCGGCAGCGGUGAGAGAGAGGCAGGAGCAGCAGCUGCGGCAGGUGCUGCUGGUGGUAGGGGAGCGGAUGCGGUACCCUGAGAGCAGCUGUGAGGCGUUAGAUCUACCGACGAAGGAGGGCGAGGAGGAGGAGGAGCGCGUGGGCGAGCAGCGCAAGGACCUCUUCGUGCUGCUGCGCUCCGCCGCCAAGGUCAACCCCGCCGUCGUCCGCGCGUUCGUCCACGAAACCCUAGCUGCAGCGCUUGCCCACGGGCCGCACGCGACGUUUGCGGAGACAGAGGCAGCAGUGCAGCUGUUCUAUCAGCUGGGCGAGGGCGUGACAGAAGAGGCGCUGAAGCCCGGCAGCGGUGCGCUGGGGGAGAUGACUGCGCUGCUCCUCUCCUCCUCCUCUUCCUCUGCCUCCGCGGCCUCCCAGCAGCAGGGAGCGGGCGGGGCGGCAGCAGGGGCAGCGGGUGGGGGGUUGAGGUACAGAGGGCACCGGCUGGUGGCGGUGGCGUGGUUGGAGGUGAUAGUGCGGUACGUGCGGUUCGUGCAGCAGCACCCUCAAUACAUCCCUGCUGCACUCGACGCGUUCCUGGGCCCGUGGGGCGUGGGGCACGGUAACAGUGCGGUGGCAGGGCGGGCGGCGUACCUGCUGAUGCGUGUGGUGAAGGUGCUGAGACAGCAGCUGCUGCCGCUGCUGGACUCCAUUCUCAUGGGUCUGCAGCGCAUGUUAGAGGCCAUCACCUCCACGCCACCAGCAGCAGCAGGCAAGGGGGCGGGCGGGCAGGGCAGAGCAGCAGGGCCGUUUGGGCGAGGAGAAGGUGCCUUUGACGACCGCAUAUAUGCGUACGAGGCAGUGGGGCUACUGCUGGCGCAGGAGGAGGUGCCAGCUCAGCAGCAGGCAGCGUGCUUAUCAGCGCUGCUCACACCGCUUAUCGCACGGGCAGAUGCGUUGGCACAAGAAGCACAGGCGGCCGAAGCAGGAGGGUUGGGAGCGGAGGCGGCAGCGGGCAUGGUAGCGGCGCUGCAGCAGGUGAUCAUGGCCAUGAGCUACCUGUCCAAGGGCUUUGCCGCGCACAUGGUCACCACAGCGCGCCCAGAGCUGGCGCAGCUGUUCAAGGGCGCCGUGGAGUGUGUGCUGCGCGUGCUGCAUGCCCUGCCCCGCAGCCGCCCCACUCGCUCCAAGGUGACAUCAUUUCUGCACCGCAUGGCGGACUGCCUGGGGGCGCACAUCAUCCCCUUCCUGCCACAAGCACUGCCACUCCUCCUCGCCCACUGUGAGGCGAGGGACAUGGUGGAGUGUUUGCAGCUGCUGUCACUGCUCACGGCCAAGCACCGCGCCCACAUGGCGCCCAUCAUCGACGCCCUGCUCGCGCCCCUCUUCGCCCGCCUCUCCAUCCUGCUCCCCUCCUCCCUCCCCUCGCUCAUGGGGCCACCUAACACCACCUCUGAUGCCUCUGGCACCCCCGAGGAGGUGAGGGAGCAGAGGGAGGUGUUGAGAGCGGUGGUGAUGCUGCUGCACGGCAUCACCAUGGCGGACCUGCACGCCACCUUCCUCUCCCCCACCAACGCCGCUCAACUCCUCCCGCGCAUCAUCACGCUCCUGCUCGACACCGCCGCCCUGCAUGUGGACAUCUCGCUGCGCAAGGUGGCCAUUGCCUGCUUCAUCCGCUUCGCCUCCGACUGGUGCUCCUGCGACCCCGAAAAGGCGCCGGGCUUCAGAGCCUUUCUGCUGGAGCAGUUUCUGCCCACGGCGUGCCUGUUGCCGUGCCUGCAGCCCUCCUUCUCCCUGCAAGACGCCAACUCGGCGCUGCUGGUGAACGACAUCUCGCUCGCCCUGCUGGCACUACACCACACGUGCGGCCAGCUGCUCUCAGACCGCCUCCUCUCCUCCCUGCUGCCCUCCCUCAACUGCCCGCCCGCAUUAGCCGCCAACUUCUGUACCCAGCUCCAGUCGGUGCUCAUUACGAGAACACCAGGUAGGCGGGCGGCAUGUGCGUGA